AUGGAGCUCGACGACGUCGACCUAGAUGACCCCGUUCCGAGCGAGACGGGCACCCAUGAGGAGCAGCAGGUUCCCGAAGCGACCCAAGGGAUGGCCAUUGAGGCAAUCACGGACGCGAUGGUGGCUGCAGUGGGCAAAAUGGAGCCCAUGUCGCCAGACAUCCUUCGCGCUACGAAGGUGCACCGGGCGCUUGCCAAGUUCGGCCGCGCCUUUCGAUAUUCCAAAGGUAUGCACAAGAAGAGCUUCGAGGCCAGGAAGAUCGGCACGUUCUGGAGCCACAGCUGGCAUGGCUCUUCCAGGGCCAAGUAUGUGACCCUGCUGCAGUUCUACAACGACACAGCCGCAGCGGCCAUAUCAACUGCAGGUGCUGCUGUAGCAGCCUGCCUCUUUAGCCAAGAGCUGCUGCCCGCCUUCCGCAGUCGAGAGGAGUCGCAGUACGUCCGCUCCGAGUGGGCGCUUCUCGUGGGUGCGCUGCUCUAUGUCGCUGUCUGGUUGUGGUGGCCAUCCCAGCAAAGCGUCUUCCUGGACGUGAUCUGCAUCGACCAGGAGAACACGAGGAGGAAGAUGGCUGGCCUGGUGAGCAUUGGUGGCUUCCUGAAGUACUCCGACUCAAUGCUUGUCCUCUGGGACCGUACCUACUGCCACCGCCUGUGGGCGAUUUUUGAGAUUGCAGCAUUCUUGCGCAGCAAGCAGGGCGAAGAUCGGAAGCUCAUCAUCCGGCCGACCACGCUGGGCCCAUGCUAUCUCUUGCAGACAGCCACUGUAUUCCUCGUCUUCCUUGGAGCUGGCCUCAUACCGGAUCACAGCCAGAUACUAAUGUGGGUCCUUCAGGCAUUGUUGUGUUUCUUCGGCUUUUACAUCAACGUGGCAACCUACCGGGCAUACUUCUGCUCGGUUGAAGGGAUGCGGCAGGUACUGAAGAGUUUUAAGCUUGCUGACGCAUAUAGCUACUGCUGCAGUAGCGAUCACCGCGGCAAGGGCGGCGUGCCACUGCUGUGUGACCGAAGCGUCAUUCACAAGUGCAUUUCCGAGUGGUUCGGAAGCUUGGAGCACUUCGAGCAGCUAGUUCAGACGGAGGUGCUGGAUAGCCUUGCCCAGCAACUCUCCUCUGAGUUCUUCUCGUAUCGCCAAUGCCUGGUGUCCAUGGUGCCUGUGAUCUGGUCCUUCAUGGACACGGCUUCUGCUGAGCUGCACUUCGAAGUCAACAAACAGACGGGCUUGCUCAAAGCCGUCAGAGAGCUGGCUCGCGGUCUCGGCUGGUGGUUGGGGGUGGCGCCGUCGGCGUUGCUCGUCGGUGCCCGCCUCUCAUAUGUCAUGAGGAGGAGGUGUCACAAGCCCUGUGAUGCUUUACUCAACCUGCCUCCGCUGCUGAGCAUCGUGGCUGUGGUUAUGGGAAUGAGUCAGAUUGAGUUCCUGUGCUUUGGGCUCUUCAGAGUGAAGUCCGAGUUUGCCGCAAACAUGGCCGUCUUUGCUGGCGUCGCCGUGCUUUUGGCGGCUGUGCUCUUCGUCUGCGUUGGCGUGCAUCCCCGAUACGUCCCAGGUCCCCGUGCAGAGUCAGGAGCAACGUUGUAA